UAAAAUCAUAACCCUUUUCUUUCAUACGUUCACAUUCAGUCAUACACGCACUCGCUUCAUUCGCUCCGGCAAUCAUUCAUCAAAUUCUUUGUGUUUCGUCCAACAACAUUCAUCAUCCACACGCGCUAUUUUUCUUAAAAAUAGAACACAAUAACGUGUCGUGUAAUCAUCAGUAACAAUGGAUGACCUCGACACGAAGAAGACGCUCAACUUUAUCAACUUACUCAACACGCUCAAACAUUCGUCGCGCAAAGGAUGGGAUCAAAUGGAUGUGAAGAAUCAUGAGCAGAUCUCCGGGCACAUGUACGCCAUGGCGAUGAUGACAUUUUUGAUCGGUAAAAACAGCGGCCUCGACAAAAAUAAGUGCAUGCAGCUAGCCUUGGUGCAUGACCUGGCAGAGUGCAUUGUUGGUGAUAUCACGCCAAGGGACAACGUGCCAGAGGAUAUCAAGCACAAUCAGGAGCUGCAGGCUAUGGAGGAUAUUGCAAAGCUGCUGGGUGAAGAAAUCGGCGGGGAGAUUCUGGCGUUAUAUAAAGAGUAUCUGGCAAAGGAAACCAAUGAGGCUAAGUUUGUCAAAGACUUGGAUAGAUUUGAUAUGAUUUACACUGCAUUGUGGUAUGAGAAGAGGGAUAUGGCGCCAGAAAGUCUACAGGAGUUCUUUGACAGCACUCAUGGAAAGUUUGAGCAUCCAUUCGUAAGGAAACUAGUUGCAGAGCUGCUCAAUCAAAGACAGGAGUUUAGUGGUGCAAGUACAAAUGGAACUAGCACAUGUGAACAACCACAGUUCUGAUUAGAGGCUAUAACUAGUUCAAUUUAACAAAUAAUAAAUUAUUAAUUGUUGAUCUGUUGCUCAGCUUUCAAAUUAUUUAAUUUAAGGUAGGAUAUUACUUAGUGUAACAAAUUGGUACUUGUUGAAAGGAAUUUUUAAAUCUCAGCCUCUGGUAGUUACCACUUUUAAUAAUUGCAAGUAUCUUUAUCAUGUAAGGCAGGCAGAAGCUUCUAAUAAUAAAUAUUUUUAUUCAUA